AAGCCAACUUGGAAACAGCGCGGAGCCAAACUCCCUCUUGUUGAAGACUGAACUGGCCCGGCGGUCGGUGGCUCUGGAGGGAGGCAGACAGCGGCUACACAGACCGGGUUGUAACGAACCACCGCGGCUCAUAUAGCUACACAUCAACCCUCCGUCCCGUAACCUACCUGGAAGUUUAAACUUCAAACUUUCGGCGGGGCUCCUCAUUCUGAACUCGUUAAGUCGUUUGUCUGGCUGGCCUUGUAAACCGAAGCGUCCGUCUCCACAUGUUUCUGCCUUGUUCCUGCUAGUUUUCCAAAACAACCAGUCGCCAGAGAACCGCACCGGGGAGCCGCCGAGCACCAGGACUGCCAUGGAUCUACCAGGACGGAGCGAGACCCGGCGGAGGGAAGGCAGAAGAAACCCCGCGGUGACUAACAGGAGAAAACCACCGGUGGAUAAGCUGUACGCCGUCGGUAUUCUCUUCCUACAAGUUCUGUCUAUCCAGGCUGCUGCCAUCCAGUUCACCAAGGAGCCCAAGUCCCAGGAUGCCUUGCACGGCCGCAGCGCCAUGCUACGCUGCGAGGUCAGCGAUCCGGCUGACAUCAGUUACGGCUGGCUCCACAACGGCCAGCCCCUGGAAAACAGCGAGAGGCGCUUCCAGGAGGGCAGCAACCUCAAGUUCACCGCUGUGGAUCGGCAGCUGGACGCAGGGAACUUUGAGUGCGUCGCACAAAACACGGCCACCGGAGAGGCGCUCCACUCCUACAAUGCCUCCUUCAAUAUUAAGUGGUUAGAAAGUGGUGGUGUGACUUUGAAGGAGCCCGCCUCAGAAGGGGAGAUCGAGAGCUCUGCUCCGGUCACGUUGCGCUGUCAUAUUGAUGGACACCCACGGCCGACAUGCCAGUGGUUCAAGGACGGGGUGAAGCUGACAGAGAAGAGCCAUCAGAUCAACAACAAGGAGAGGACGCUCACCUUUAACAGUGCCAGUCCGGACGACAAUGGCCUGUACUACUGCUGUGCCAAGAAUGCAGCGGGGCACGUUUGCAGCAACAGCAACUUCACCCUCAACAUUAUAGAUAAGAGUUUCCCGCGGCCGGUGGUCACUCCUGAGGACCAGGUGGUGUUGAGGAACGAGGAGGCCGCGUUCCACUGCCAGUUCACCGCAGAGCCGGCCCCCACGUUGGAGUGGUACCACGAAAACGAGCUGCUGGCAAACAAGUCUCGUCUGAUCCUGUUAUCCAACGGCACGCUGCUGAUCACCCAGGUCAAGCCCAGGAGCACAGGGACCUACAAGUGUGUCGGCCGCGGCCUCCGAGGCUCCCAUGUUACACUGGAGGCCUCCCUCCUCAUAGCUGAGAUAGACGACAUGGUGCCCAAGGUGUCGAAGGUUUUCACAUCAGACACCCUGCAGCGGGUGGCCUGUCGUCCCCCACGCGGCAGACCUGAGCCCGAGGUCUGGUGGGAGAAAGGAGGUGAGCGGGUGCCCACGGAGGGCAGAGUGUAUCAGGAUGGCCUGGAUCUGGUCUUCAGUCCCACAGAGGAAGGAGACUCGGGCACCUACACCUGCGUGGCCCAAAACCGGGCAGGACGCAAGACACAGGAGGUCAACUUCACUGUUGCCACUGCCCCAGUGUGGGUGACGAGGCCUCAGGACAGCCACCUAGAGGAGGGUAAACCAGGUUACCUUCACUGUCACGCUCAGGCCAACCCUGAACCUGAGGUCACCUGGAUCCGCAACACCGCCAUGAUCACGCCAGGGGACUCUCGUUUUAAGGUAUUCCCUAACGGCACCCUCAGGAUCAACAAUGUGGAGGUGUACGACAGCCAGAUGUACGGCUGUGAAACCAAGACUGUAGGUGGCCGACUGUCUGGGCAAGCUCGAGUUAUUGUGCUUGAGAAGCUGAAGUUCACCCCUACCCCCCAGCCUUCUCAGUGCCUGGAGCUGGAUAACGAGAUCACCAUCCAGUGCUCCGCUAAAGGCCGAGAGAGCCCAACCAUCCGCUGGACCAAAGCAGACGGAGGAGAGCUGCCGCCUCGGGUGGAGCAGAAGAACGGCCAGCUCCACUUCAGCAAAGUCACCCGCAGCGACGCAAACAACUACACCUGCAUCGCCUCCAACAGCCUCCAGGGGGAGAUCAGAGCCCUGGUAGCCCUCAUAGUGGCCGUGUACAUUCGCUUUAAGGUGGAACCAGAAAAUACAACGGUGUACCAAGGUCACACAGCCAUCCUGCACUGUCAGGCCACCGGCGACCCCGAGCCUCACAUCCACUGGAUUGUCAAAGACAAGACGCUGGACAUCAAUAAGGACAGGAGGUUCCAGAAGAUGCCCAAUGGCUCCUUGGUGAUUACAGAUGUUACUACAGAUGACACGGGCAGAUACACAUGUGUGGCCGGAAACAGUUGCAGCAUCAAAGACCGUGUGGCUCAGCUGUAUGUAGUGGACAAACCGAAUCAUUCCUUUGACGAGGGUGAGGAAAAGGCUCCCUACAAGAUGAUCCAAACCAUCGGCUUGUCAGUGGGAGCAGCUGUGGCUUAUAUCAUCAUAGUGCUGGGACUCAUGUUCUACUGCAAAAAGAGACGCCACGACAAAAGACUGCAGAAAGGCCAGGACGGAGAGGAGCCGGAGAUGGAGUGUCUUAACGGAGGGGCUGUUCAACAAAAUGGCCACACCACCGCCGAGAUCCAGGAAGAGGUGGCACUCACCAACAUGGGUACCAUGGCAACAACCGAGAAACACCACAGCCAUGUCAACAACGAUAAGCUCCACUUUCCUCGAGCAAACCUACAAACCAUCACUACUUUAGGCAAAGGGGAGUUUGGUGAGGUGCUGCUCUGCAAAGCUAAGGGUAUCGAGGAGAGCGAGGAGGAGAUGGUGGUGUUGGUGAAGAGCCUGCAGACCAGAGAUGAACAGCUCCAGCUCGACUUCCGCCGUGAGGCUGAAAUGUUCGCCAAGCUCAGCCACCCCAACGUUGUCCGCCUGCUGGGCCUGUGUAGGGAGGCAGAGCCCCACUACAUGAUCCUGGAGUACUAUGACCUGGGAGACCUAAAGCAAUUCCUGAGAAUUUCCAAAAGCAAAGAUGACAAGGUCAAAUCUCAGCCUAUCAGCACCAAGACCAAAGUUUCCAUCUGUGCCCAGGUGGCUCAUGGGAUGGAGCACCUGUCCAAUCACCGCUUUGUUCACAAAGACCUGGCUGCCCGAAACUGCCUGAUCAACAGUCAGAGGCACAUUAAAGUGUCGUCGCUCAGCCUCAGCAAGGACGUCUACAACAGUGAGUACUACCACUACAGACAGGCAUGGAUCCCGCUGCGCUGGCUCCCAGCAGAGUCUGUGUUUGAAGACGACCAGUCCACCAAGUCGGACGUGUGGGCCUUUGGAGUGUUGAUGUGGGAAGUGUUCAGUCACGGGGAAAUGCCAUAUACCAAACUCAGCGAUGAUGAGGUGCUGGAAGGUCUGCAGACAGGGAAGCUGAAGCUGCCCGUUCCAGACGGAUGCCCCACCAAAAUCUACAAGCUCAUGGUGCGCUGCUGGGCGCUGAGCCUCAAAGAGCGCCCCUCCUUCACUGAAAUCGUCCACACCCUGGGAGAGCUGCCCUCUGACAGUAAAGUCUGAGACGACCAUAACCCCACAUCAGAGGGGAACUUUGACCAACCCCCCCC